AUUGUCACUUCUUCUUUGUUAUCAAAAGUUAACAUGUGUUUGCGGCGAUGCUGUUCUUUAUAAAAACCAGGAGUGCAGAUGAAUCUUUACAUUAACAUUUGAAAGAGCUUACAAAGCUGUAACUGUGGGUUGUUUCGUUUGCCUUUUUUCACACAUCAACAUGCUGGAACAAAAGCAAAUCUGGAUUAUUGUGCUGCUGUUUUUCUGCCAGCAUGCAGGUUUAGGUGAAGGAACAUCAAAACAUUCCCAGGCCUGUGAGGGUAGCUCCCUGGCCCUCAAGUGUGACCAUGGUUUCAUACAUGUCGAUAAAGCCAACUAUGGACGGACUAGCAGUACUGUGUGCUCUGCUGGGAAACCAGCGAAAGAGAUCUCAGAUGUGCAUUGCUCCCAAAAAACUUCCCUCCAAAAACUGUCCACUAGGUGUAACGGAAAAACAAGCUGUUCUGUUCCUGCACAGAACUCAUUUUUCUCUGACCCAUGUGUUGGAACUUAUAAAUACCUUGAUGUGUCUUACAGUUGUGUCCAAAGUAGAAAAAGUGUUACCUGUGAGGGUAAACAGAGUCACAUUCAUUGUGAUACUGGUGUCAUUCAGAUUAAACAUGCCAAUUAUGGACGAAGAGACCUAACAAUCUGCAAACACGCAAAAGCAACUUCAGCCACCUGUUAUUCUAAUAAUACUGGACACCAUCUGUCUAGAUGCAAUGGAAAGAAGAAAUGUUCUCUUCAUGCUUCAAAUUCUGUCCAUGGUGAUCCAUGUCAUGGCGUUCAUAAGUACUUGGAGGUGACUUACAACUGUGUUGCUAAAAAACACCACCACGACCACCACCACGCAAAACAUCAUUAGUAGAGGAAUACUGCUGUUGAUGUAACAAAAGCUUUUUUGAUUUCAAUUCAGUUAAAUUGUAAUUUGGUCAUUUUAUUAAUGCAUUCUUAAA